UUACUAUUAAGGAUGUGGCUAUUCUUAAAAAAAAAAAUGGAGAACGAGGAAAAAGCAGCAGCAAGGGUUGUGGCAACAGCAGCGUAGAGAAGCUAAAAAGAAAACGGAAAAGAAAAAUUUCUAAAGAUAAGAAAUGAGAACGGGAGAAUCGGGCAUAAGAAAAAGACCGGGAGAAAGCCGUUAUGUGUGGCUAAAAUGGGUUGUGGCAGUGUAUAUAAAAGAACGGAUUGUAAUGAACAAAGUUGCAUAUCAUUGCCACCCUUGGUUCACUAAUUUUCAAGGCGUUUCUGCAAUCCUUGAUUCCAGGGUAAAGGAAUAAGGGGAAAUGGCGAAGAUAUCAUUACUUUUGGUGUUUUCGGUGGUGUUGGCUCUGCCAUUCCGUGCGGUUUUGGGCCAGGACGAUUGGAAGGAUCUCUUGGGUCAGGGAGGGCUCUCCCAAGACGCAUUGGACCAGGCCCAGAGAGCUAUAGGUGGGGCCGCGGCCCAAGAUGCUGUCAGUGAUUACUUCGGUUCGGCCCUAAGUGGCGCCUCCUCUGACGACUCUUCUUCUCCUUCUUCCUACGAAGAUACCGAUGAAGGCCAAGGGUCAUCCUUGGCCGACUUUUUAGACACUGAAGCUGCAAGCCACGACACAGAAAUUUCACCCACGGGAUCAAUGGCAGAUUCACCGGUUGGAGCACCAGAUGCUUUACCUGAAUAUGAAGAUGAUGACGAGGAGGAGGAUGAAGAUGAGGACGAUGAUUCUUCUCCCGCAGGUGCACCAGAGGGCUCUUUCUCACCUGCAGAGGCACCAGUAGACUCAGACGACGAAACAUCUACCGAAGCACCAAGCAAUGCGCCAGUGGAAGCACCUGAAUCUGCACCCGCAAAUGCACCAACAAGAACACCAGAAUCGGAUGAUGAUUUUGAGGAAGGUGAAGGGGCACCAGCAAGUGCACCUACCGGGGAACCAGACAGUGAUGAUGAUGAAGAGUUUGAUGAUUCCCACUCUUCUUCUUCACCCAGCAAUGCUCCCGCACAGGCACCUGAAGGGGAUCAUUAGACGAGUGAUCCUUUUUUAUUGACAUUAACAAUUACAUACAUUUUCUUGCCAACUGAAACUGUGUAUAGUGUAAGGGUGAUAUCUAUGUUGAAAAUAGGGUUGGAGUGUAAA